UUUGCCAGCAAGCGCCGCCGACCACGAUGGAGCUCCUGCGACCGCCGAUGCCGACCAUGGGCAGUAGCCACAUGGACGACGACGACAUGCGACGACGCCUCCAUGCGAAGAAGGCCAUGGUGGCCUCGUCGCCCAUGUGCAAUUUCGAGGCCUUUAGCCUCUACUUUCACUUGCCGCUCAAGGCCGCCGCUGAAAAGUUUGGCGUGCGCGCGACCGCCUUCAAAAAGCGGUGUCGGGCGAUCGGCAUCCGCCAUUGGCCGUACCGAAAAGUGCGCAGCCUCAAGCGGUCGCUGCAAGAGCUCAACCGGUGCAAGGAUACCGGUCUUCUCAACGAAAAGCAAGUGUACCAGUAUGACACGUUCAAAAAGCAGCUCGAUAAGCUCAUGGCGCCCGAGACGUACGGCAUCGAUCCGUCCGGCCAGUUCAUUCCCAACUUCCACCACCCGGACGAUGACGACGACGACGGCAUGGACUCGGGCGACGACAUGUACUCGGUCGACAGCCCGCGCUACGGCGCGUCCUUCUCCGACUGCUCGAUUAGCCCCACCGAAGACGAAAAGAAUCACCUCUUGUCGACGCCGUUCCUCGAGUACCCGGGCACGGCCUUCGAGAAGCUGCCACCGCUCCGGAAGCAGCCGAGCAACACCAAUCUCUUCCAUAUGCAGCGCAUCAACGUGCCGUCCGAGAUCCCGGGUCUGAGCCUCCGCAUGUCCUCAAAAGACUUGAUGACGCUGCAUCCGCCCAAAGGCGUCCCGUCGCUCGACGCCUACUUUAUCGAGCCCGAGCCGCGCAAGAGCUACAGCGAGGACCACGGCUACGGCCUGCACGCGUACAGCCACCAAGACGCGUCAAGUUUGCACCACGAUGACAUCAUGCUCACCGACAUCAAGUACGAAGAGACCGACGCGUUUGACGACGACGACAGCGUCGCGCAUGUCGACUAUGGCAGCGAGCGCUUCUUCGACGACGUCUUCCUGCACAUCUCUCCCGACUAUGGAUGCUUGGCAUAAACGCGCAGUAUUUAGUGUCCGAUGCGACCAUCACCAGCUAUCUCGUACCUCUCAAUAAACUAUGUAUUCGCUCCGGCUA